UCUCAUAACUUCGAAAUUUUUAUAGAUAUUUUUUUUUUAACAUUUUUUCCAUGUUCCUGGUAUCUUACCUUAUAUGGCAUUUUUCUCUGGGGCGCGAGUUCUGGCGCAUUAUCCACAUGAUAUACCUACUCAACUACAAUAAAAAAUAUUGGAAACAAUUUAUUUUGGGUUGCAAAACUUGGCUAAGGUCAGAAUAAGUUAUACCUGUUGUGCACAAAAUUCAAUCAACCAAUUGCAAUUCGGUUACAAAAUUCUUAUUAAGUUCAAUCUGUAAAGUAUUGAUGUAAAAUAAUUUUUAUGAUGGAUAAAUAAUAAUGUCAUUGUUGUUUUAAUUAAAUAUUUAUUUAAUAAAUUGUACCUACCUGUCUACAGAAAUAAUCUUUUUCUUUCGGUCACUUUCCUAUAGUUCUUCUAGAAAUAAGUGAGAACAGAGUCUAUUCCUUUAUUGCACCCUAAGAGCUGGGUAUCAAUCCCUAGCCAUAAACUGUUAAAAACAGCAGGUCAAAAUGUUGCAAUUUCUUGCAAGCAGAGGCGGAAAUUGUUCGAGUCGAGAAAACUGUUAUUUAAAAAAAUACGCUACAACCAAUAAAAAAAAACAUCCUUGUUAAAAGCUGUACAGAAAAAGAAACCGUAGCAUUUAAAAUUAGCUAUUGAAUAGUUUAGUUUUCAUACAUAAAGCUUUUCAUACAGUGAAUACGGCCCUGGAAACCAGCCCAACUGGCUAAGUUCGGAGAUAUUUUUAUUGAGGGUUAAAACCGCUGGUAGCCGUCUGUGGGUUAACCAAAGAUAAUUACACCCAUAAAGCAAUUGACUCUGUUUUUACUUAUUUCUAGAAUUUCUUAUUUAAUACGUAGGUAUAUUUUUUAUAAAAAAGUAUUUUAUUUUUAAUAACUUUUAGUUCUUUAAAAGUGGUGAGUUUAUCUGUUUUUAAAAAACAAACUAGUUCACAAGUUAACUUGACAAGUAAUUAAAAUUUAGUGCUGUAUGAUGAACAAACAAAUUAGAUUAAUGUUAAUUUAUUGCAAAACCAAUUUUGUUUAUUUGGUGGCUUAUUAUAGAUUUUGUCUUUUGUAAAGUUGAAAUAAACGUUCGGAUUCAACAGAGUUUUUUAGAUGUUGAAUUUACUUUUCGAUGAUUUUGUUUAUAUUUGUGGUACAAUGGUCGUUUUAUCUUUUAUUGGCAAUUGAUGUUGCUCGUUUCGGCAAGAGUGUCGUUUUGAAAAGUUAAGCAAUUGUCCGAGAGCUGGCGCCACGCGCCUCCCCUCUUCGUUUUGUUUGGGGCCACUUGCGCAAUGCUUGAAGGCUGUGACGAAUUCAAUUGCUAUUGGUUCACGUAUGAUCCCUUCCAUUAAAGCGUCUUCGUGUUGAAGCACGUGCUCCAGGGGUUAUUAAGGCCUUUGCGACCCUUUUGGAGGAAAAAUAGCCGUUGGAGGAGCCGGUCAGGCGCUAAUUAGGUGCGACCGUGUCCGAUCGGCCGACAAUACAGGUAGCUGCAAUAAUGAGCCGCGUGCUCGUCUGGAGUGGGGGGAGAGGGGAGCGAUGGGCCGGGAUGUGUGGGCCGGAGCAGACUCCGGAGCUCCAGUGGGUUCCCAUCCGCGAGCUAAGUAGCCAACGUGUGCAUUCCGGAGCGAGCUGCUGUGUGGUGUGCUCGUGCGAGCUCUUAUCACCUUAUCACUCUCGAUAAUAAUAAUAAUCGUGUGACUGUCAUGUCCGGUUCCGGUGUCGAGUGACUUGUGCCGCCCCCAGCAUGAACUCUUACUUCGAGCAGAGCGGCUUCUACGGCAGCCACCACCACCAGAGCGGUUCGGUGGCGGGCCACCACCACGAGCAGUCAGCAGCGGCGGCGGCGGCUUACCGCUCUUUUCCACUUUCGCUCGGCAUGUCUCCGUACGCCUCCAGCCAGCAUCACCACCACCACCUGCAGGCGCGGCCCCCGCAGGACUCGCCAUACGACGCGUCGGUGGCGGCGGCCUGCAAGCUGUAUUCCUCCGAGGGCCAGCAGAACUCCAACUACUCCUCCAACUCGAAGCCGGACUGCUCCAAAGGCAACGCCGACCAGAACGGAUACGCCUCGGUGGUGGCGGCGGCCGCGGUCAAGGACGUUUGGCAAAGUGCGACUUCUGGCGGUGGCGCUAAUCUCACGAACAGUUUGACGGGGCCGGUCAGACCGGCGGCAUGCACGCCGGACUCCAGGGUUGGAUACGGAUCGGUCGGACUCGUCGGCGGAGAUCCGGCGUCGAGUCCGGGGGCGGCCGCAGGACGAACGGGAAACUCGCUCUCCUGGAAUAACCCUUGCAGUAUCAACUCAACCUCCUCGCAGCCGGUGGGCACGCAGAUACACCAGCAGACCAACCACACGUUUUACCCCUGGAUGGCCAUUGCAGAUUCUAUGACUUUCGGUGCGAAUGGUCUUCGAAGGCGAGGCCGUCAGACUUACACCCGGUACCAGACGCUCGAACUGGAAAAAGAGUUCCACACAAACCAUUACCUGACACGGCGGCGGCGGAUCGAAAUGGCUCACGCACUGUGUCUUACCGAACGACAGAUAAAAAUCUGGUUUCAAAAUCGUCGCAUGAAACUCAAGAAAGAGAUCCAAGCGAUCAAAGAACUCAACGAGCAAGAAAAACAAGCACAGGCUCAAAAAGCGGCGGCGGCAGCUGCAGCCGUCGCCGCACAAGUGGACCCGAAUUAGUGGAUUACUUCGGUGCUGUUGGCGGAUCAGCAUAACUCUUAAAACAAGAGUCCUGACACACGGCAUGCCUCAGGCCUUCGACCGGGAAGUUGUCGCCAACCACCGGCCUCAUCGACUAAAUCGGACCAUUGAGAACUGCUCCUACGCCAAACUGGACUUGUGACAUGUGUAUACUUUAGUGGUUAGUGUAUUUAUAAUCCAAAGUAAUUGAAUGUUACAGUGACGAUAUUUUUUGAAGUUUUUUUUCGUUUUGGGAGAACUGGAGAGAUGUGCGAUCAACUAUAUACGUAAUUGGGUUUAUGUGCCAUAAUUCUGAGGAAAAGUUAACGAUAUACGUAAAUUAUAAUCCUAGUAGAUGUAAGGUCUAAAUUAUAAUUAAGUGACUGAGUAUUUUUUCUAUUAGAAAAUGUUUCAUGUACAUAAUGUUUCGGUAGCUGUGGUCAUCAAAGGUCACAAAAUACACAAAAAUUGUUCAAAACCAGUCAUAAAAUGUUUUUGUGGUCUUGAACCUGUUUGUCCACUUAAAAACAUUUGCAAUUUAUUAUGGAUCUCUAUUUUUUUGUUACUUUACAAUUAUAAAUAUAAGCAUAAUUACUGUGUAAACUGUAAGGAAAUUUUCGAAUGGCUGCUGCAGUUUAUCGAUGUUGUCGAAUAUUACGAUGCUAUUUAUGCCCAGCCACAUUGGAAAAUUGCGAAUUGUAUAUAAUACAAGACGAUUUUUUUGCUAUUUUUAUAGAGCACCGCUUGUACUAAUUUAUAAAAAUUUUAUUUUGUGUAACAUAAUGUAAAUAUGAAAAUUUUUAAAGUGAACCUCUUUUAAGAAUUUAUGCAACCUGUGCGUACGUACCUAAAAUAGUGCUUAAGAGAAAAAUAUUUUAAGACGUGUUUUCUUUAGUUUAAUUGUUUGAAACGAAAGUACAAGAAAUGUAUACGUAAAUGUACUAAUUAUACAGAGGAACUCUGUACCUUGCAAACCAGUGUGUUUGGGCUGAAGCUACAUCUUCGUAAUCCUAAAACUUUGUACAUAAGCUGUAAAAUUUUCAUAGGGUAAGGAUAAAAUGUAUACUGUUCAUCUAGAGUAUUGUUUGUUUUUCUUUCUCGUUUUUAUCGACAUUUUGUUGCUUAUUUGUUGCUCAAAGAUUCUUUUUCCAUGUAAUAUACGCUCCUUACCUUCUCUGUCGUCUAUGUGUGACUGUAAUUUAUUUUAAUAAAAGUCAUGUUCUAA